AUGGAGAAAAAGACAAAGCUGCCGCCAAAGGGUGCCGUCCUGAUCGAUCAAUUGCCGAACAACGCAAUAGAGAACGAGCUACGGAGUGACACGGUGGUGGUAAAGAGUCCGCCUUCUUUACGCAUUGUCCCACCUAUUAACUUCUGUCCUGUCGAGAAACAUUUAUACAGAUCCGGUCAGCCAUCCGCUAUCAACCACUCGUUUCUCCAACAGCUCCAUUUGAAGUCUGUGAUAUGGCUUGCUACUGAAGAGCCCCAGGAUACAUUCCUAAGAUUUAUGGAGGAAAAUGAUAUCAACUUAUUUUGCAAUUUGGGUUACGACUCUAUAGAUUCUAAUUCUUGGGACGGGCUUUCGGAAUCCUCUAUAAAACAAGCAUUGGAGAUCAUUUCGGACAAACGCCAUUACCCAUUACUUGUUUGCUGUGGUAUGGGAAGACACAGGACCGGAACAGUGAUAGGCUGUCUACGGAAACUACAAGGCUGGAACCUUGCCAGUGUCAGCGAAGAGUAUAGACGUUUUACAGGAGUGCGAGGAGGUCGUAUUCUCGUCGAAUUAUUGAUUGAAGCGUUUGAUGUGAGCACUAUAGAAACAAGAAAAGAGGUUGCUCCGGAAUGGUUGCUUAGAUGA